UGUUUUUCUUACAUUGAUUAUUUAAUAAAUUUUCAAGAUAAAUCGCACAUUUUCGAGUAACUUUUAAUUAAAAUUGUAAAAUAAGUCUAUACUAUAAAUAUUUAAAAAUGUUGGCUCUUCGUACAACGAUGCGCUGUAGUUCAGCGUUCAAUAAAAUCUCACGAAAUACUUACAAAUCGGUGAAAUUAGUACAAACUGAAACCAAUGCCGCCGCUUUGACAGGUGCUUCAGUUGUGGCCAGAAAUAAUUCAACGAUACAAUUGCAAAAACAGACUGCUUUACUGAAUGGUUACCUAAUGCAAAGUAGGACCUUUGCCACAAAAUCUAGCGAAGACGUUGAUGUAAAAGAUUUACAGCUUGUCUAUUACGGCACUUUGACACCACGCAUGAGAGCUGUUAAGGUAUUUUCCUUGACCACCAGUUUGGCUGGCUUAGCCGCCCAACCCAUACUAAUGGAACAAGGUAUGAAAAUGGGUGGCACUGGUAUGGCUGUGUUUAUUUGUAGUUUUGCUGGUUUCUUUACUUUUGUGACACCUUUGCUGUUGCAUUUUGUUACCAAGAAGUAUGUUACAGAAAUUCACUAUAAUCCAGCCACCGAGGAGUAUGUAGCAACAACAAUAAAUAUUAUUUUACAAAAAGUUCGGACAAAAUUCCGUCCAAGUGAUGUAAAAGUUCCCGAAGUUCCUGGCAUGUUUACUUCAUUUGAUGUGGGCAAGAGAUCAUUAUUUGUUGAUCCCGCCUUGUUCGAAGACCCCGAACAUUAUGUACGUAUGAUGGGAUACGAUAAACCAAUCGAUUUUAAAUUGGAUUUAAAAGAAACAACUAGUUCAGCAACCAAUGAAAUUAAUAAAACGAAAAAAUAAAUAAAUGUUUACAAUUAAGUGAAAUAA